CUUAUCCUCUAUUUGCAACCAGAAUAAACAACAAACCACAAAGACAACUUCUGUGCCGAAAACGAUUGAGAUGAUGAUUAAUGAAGAGCUAUAAGACAAUCUCGUUUUAGUUAUAUCUUAUCUGCGGUCUCAAUGGAAUAUACAUUGGUUCUUCUUGAAAUAUAAAACCGACAACAAUAAAAAAAAAUCAACAGCAGUUUAAUAAUGUCGAAGAAAUUGCAUUGUAACACCAUAUAACCUAAUUGAUCAAAUCUGUGUGGUGUGAAUACCUGGGUAUUUGCACUACGUCUAUAAUCAGCUGCCAAUAACUGAUGAAUGCGUCAUCGUCAUUCGCCUUACAUCUAACAGUAAAGUUGCAUGGAAAACUGUUGUUUACUGGCUGGCGGAAUUCAUUAGCAACAAACUGCACCCCACGUGCCGGCAUUAGUUGUGCUCGAGUCACGUAUCAAGAUGCAGUGGCAGCGACCGGAUUGCGUUCCUUUUCCCAGCGUUUGGCAUCGAUUCAAGGCCAUGGCCGGAACCGGGGACCAGAUGGGAUACUACGUUGUCCAAGAUCUGCCGAGUGAUCGAGUUGAGGAAACCUUCGACCUAUUGGCCGAACCAUUCACCCGGGACGAGGUCAUGAAUCGCACUAACCGGCUUAUCGAAGACCCGCUGGGUGUCGAAAUGGUCCGUGAAAUGUGGCAGCAACUGAUUCCGGGGAAAAUGUCACUCAUUUGUGUGGAAGAAGCUACGGGACAAAUAGUGGGGGUGAACGUUUUGGGCGUUGUUAGUAAAAGCGAUAACGAACCGGAUUUCAAGUACGCCAGCUCGACGUUUCAAACUAUCUACGAUCUGAAUACGUACGUCGCCAAGCAAGCAAAUGUAUUCGACCGGCAUGGAGUCGAUCAUUAUCUGAGUGCCAUGGGGUUGUCGGUUGAUCCCAGAUAUCGGAGACGGGGUAUAGCGACAGAGAUUUUACGCGCCCGAGUUCCACUGUGUAAAGCGGUUGGUUUAACGCUGACUGCUAAUUGUUUUUCCGGAGUGGCUUCUCAAAUUGCGGCUACAAAGGCGGGUUUCCGGGAGGACGUUAGCUAUCACUGCGGAUCGUUGGUUAAUGUCGAUGAACGUUUUGCUUUACCGGGUAUCGAGAAUGAGUGCUUUAAAUAUAUGAGUUUAAAGAUUGAAUAAAUAUUUAGGGGUUAAUCAUGGCUGCA